AUGGCGGCUGCGCGCAAGGUGGGCGAGGGCGGUUUCGGGCGCGUCUACCGCGCCGACGCGCUGCCGUCGCUGCCGCGUGUCGCUUGCGGGUUCGCCGUCAAGACGGCGCUGGUCGGUGACAUGGACCCGAUCAUCAUGCAGGACAACCAAGCGUCUCAGCUGACCGACGGCUAUGCGCUCGGCAUCACGCUGCUCGUCGCCCUGACCGGCCGCGGCGCCGUCGGCUUGCUCAACGCGUGCGACGAUGCAUUGGAGGAGCCCGACACGGCGGAGAGCAUCGCGGCGGCCGACGCGGGCUGGUCGGCGGCGCAGGCAGAGGAGCUGGCGCGGCUCGUGGUUGGGCUGGCUCUCGCAUGUGCGCCGCGCGUGCUGGAGCGCGACACCAACUGCCCGGCCUGCCGCCAGCCGGCGUUUCCCAUCGCCGCAGUCGGAGCGCAUGUUGCGGCGCAGACCACGUUCGUCCACCAGCCGCCUGCGCGCGCUGGGCCAGCCGCAGCCCGUAGCCCGCAACCCGCGGGCGCUCACAUGCAUGCUUAUGCGUUGCAUCCGUUUUUUGCUUUCGCGUUUCGGAUUCGGUGUCUUGGGGGUCUCGUCUCAUAA